AUGGCUCUUCACUUCCCCAGGCCCCCCAGGCUGCCGAAGCCUCCCCCGCCAAGCGAUAAAGCGCCCCUAGCGGGCGGCGGAAAAUCGGGGUCCGCUGGCUCUAGCAGCAGCAGCAGUAAUCAUGAGAGUCAGAAACAGCAGCAGACCGCUACGACUCCGGGGGGGUUUUUGCCACAACCUGCAGCAGGGAAGUCGGGACGAGGGACUGUUGCGAGCGAGGGCGUGACGGGCGUCUCGGACCUGGAUGCGAUAGAAGGGAAGGAUUCGGCGGGGCACGCGAAUGACACAAGGACGGACCUUAACGGGAGCAAGGCCGUUGUGGCGAAGGGCGACAUGGAGCUGGCUGAGAUGAGCGAGAUGAUGUCGCUCGUGCUGGAGAGGUUGAGCGAGACCGAAAGAGAGCUGAAGAGGAUUCAGAAGGAGGGAUCCCUGGCCAAAACCAACAGGUCGGAGGUCAGGGACCGCAAGUUCAUAAUCGACACUCGCGCCAAGAUGCUCGGGGCAGCGUUCGCCGGCAGCGUUGCAGGGAUGAUUGUCGGUUGGUCUGUGUUGCCAAACCUGUGGCUGGUGGGAGGUGUGACGGGAGCGCUGGCAUUCGCGGCGUUAUCUCGAUCUUCCACGGGAACUGUGGGGACCAUUUGCUCCACCUGCGGGAUACAGGUGGCGUUGAUGUACAAAGAUGUACGAGACUGGUGGGAGCAGACGGUUUUCCUGUACAAAACCGGCAAGCUGUCCUACACCUACUGGCGGGGUUUCGAGAGGUAUGAUCAGGCGUGGGGGCUGUCCGCCAAGUACACCGAAACCGUCGCCAAGGUGUCGAAGGAAGCUUUGGAGCUGGACCGACAGUACAAGAUUAGACAGAAAACUCUCAGGGCCGGCAAACGCCUCACCAGGAUCUCGCGGCAGGUGGGAUCGUCCGCGAAGAGAGAGGUCACCACGCUCGCUGGCAGCGCCUCCGACUGGGGCGGCAACAAGCUUCGAAAGUGGGGGCUGAUGGGAGACGACCUAGACCCACGUCGAAAGAGAACCAAGCUCACGGAGAUCCUCAAGCUCAAGAAGAGCAAGGUGGGCGGCGCGAAACGGCCGCUGGGGGUCUCCGUUGUGCUGGACGGGAUGUUCGGGGAGAGGAGCCGGUCCAUGUACUCGGCGCCGCCUGCCGGGGGUACUAGGAUCAAGACCCACAAGGCGGACCCCAUAAUACCGGCUCGCAUCCGGCACAUGUUCAUGACCAAGAAACAGAUCCGGGACGAAAGGCUGCAGAAAUACCGCGUGGGAUUCAUGGGGAUGCGCGUUCCGCGAUCGUUCGACAAAGAUGAUUAACGCUAACUCUCACAGCUUUUUUUAACACGAAGAAAGGAGGCGGACGUACGUAGGCCUCGGGCAAAAGGGGUUCCGUCGUGUGUGUUUGUGAGAGAGAGAGGGGACCCCGACCAGAGCAGCCAAAAACGAGAAAGUGUGGGUCUAGCUGGUUGGUAUGCAAUGUAACGUACCGAGGCCUGGUUAGCUUGGGGGUAUCGCUCCUCUG